UGAUUUUGGAAAGGACGAUGCCAUCGGAGGGAAUGUGAACAAAUAUAUGGUGCUUCCAACUGGAUACUGUGGACAGCCCAAGAAAGGACAUCUUGUCUUUGAUGCUUGCUUUGAGAGUGGUAACCUUGGACGGGUGGACCAGGUCUCUGAGUUUGAAUAUGAUUUAUUCAUUAGGCCGGAUACCUGUAAUCCACGUUUCCGAGUCUGGUUCAACUUUACUGUUGAAAAUGUGAAAGAAUCACAGAGAGUUAUUUUCAAUAUUGUUAACUUCAGCAAAACCAAGAGUCUUUAUAGAGAUGGAAUGGCCCCUAUGGUGAAAUCUACUAGCAGACCAAAAUGGCAAAGGCUGCCACCUAAAAAUGUUUACUAUUACCGUUGCCCAGACCAUAGGAAGAAUUAUGUGAUGUCCUUUGCAUUUUGUUUUGACCGAGAAGAAGAUAUUUACCAAUUUGCCUACUGCUACCCGUAUACAUACACCCGUUUUCAGCAUUACCUUGAAAGCCUGCAGAAGAGAAACAUGGAUUAUUUCUUUCGGGAGCAGCUGGGCCAGAGCGUGCAACAGCGGCAGCUUGAUCUCCUAACAAUAACCAGCCCUGAAGACAAAUCUGACCUUGAAAACAGUGUGAUGCAGAAGAAAAUAAAAAUCCCCAAACUUUCUCUCAAUCACAUAGAAGAAGAUGGGGAGGUUAAAGAUUACGGGGAAGAAGAUUUACAGCUUAGACACAUCAAGAGACCCGAGGGGCGGAAGCCAAGCGACGUGGCACACAAGAGCAUUGAGGCCGUGGUGGCCCGGCUGGAGAAGCAGAACGGCCUGAGCCUGGGCCACAGCACGUGCCCAGAGGAGGUCUUCGUGGAGGCCUCCCCCGGCACGGAGGACAUGGACAGCCUGGAGGACGCCGCCGUGCCCCGGGCUCUGUAUGAGGAGCUGCUGCGCAACUACCAGCAGCAGCAGGAGGAGAUGCGCCACGUGCAGCAGGAGCUGGAGCGGACUCGCAGGCAGCUGGUGCAGCAGGCCAAGAAGCUCAAGGAGUACGGGGCGCUCGUGUCCGAAAUGAAGGAGCUCCGCGACCUCAACCGCAGGCUCCAGGACGUGCUGCUCCUGAGGCUCGGCAGCGGUCCUGCCAUUGACUUGGAAAAAGUAAAGUCAGAAUGUCUCGAGCCCGAGCCGGAGUUACGGAGCACUUUCAGUGAGGAAGCAAAUACGUCGUCCUAUUACCCCGCUCCUGCACCUGUCAUGGACAAGUAUAUCCUAGACAAUGGCAAGGUCCAUCUGGGAAGCGGGAUCUGGGUUGACGAGGAGAAAUGGCACCAGCUACAAGUAACCCAGGGAGACUCCAAGUACACGAAGAACUUGGCAGUCAUGAUUUGGGGAACAGAUGUUCUGAAGAACAGAAGCGUCACAGGAGUUGCCACAAAAAAAAAGAAAGAUGCCGUCCCUAAGCCGCCCCUCUCUCCUCACAAACUAAGCAUCGUCCGAGAGUGUUUAUACGACAGAAUAGCACAAGAGACUGUGGACGAAACAGAAAUUGCACAGAGACUCUCCAAAGUCAACAAGUACAUCUGUGAGAAGAUCAUGGAUAUCAAUAAAUCCUGUAAAAAUGAAGAGCGAAGGGAAGCAAAAUACAAUUUGCAAUAAACUUUGGAUUUUUUCAUAAAGCCUUCUCGUU